AUGGAGCAACGAAAUAACGUACGGCUGAUUUUCCAAGGUAGAGAACUGAAAGAGUACGAUUCAGCGCAAGGACACUCCAGUCAACUUACGUCCAAUCAGGGCUUAACAAAUGAGCACCAUUCUUUGAGACUAUGUGAUUACAAUGUGCAUGAUGGAUCCACUAUUCAUUGUUUGGUUACACCUGCGUCUACACCAACCACCACAUCGAGUGAGGUCCAACUUGACCGAACUAGGUUUCCUAACCAUCGCGGGCGUAGUUCCACCUCUAAUGACUCUAUAUUGGCUGAAUUCGACAUGGGUACACGUCUGAUGGAGCCUUUAUUUGCUUUUCUUCUCGCCUUCACCUGGUUUUUCCGUAUUGUCUAUCGACAGUACUUCAAUUCCGUUUCCACUUUUGCUCUUAUCGCCCUGUCUGUGUUCUUUUGUGGCGCUGUGUUUGCUGUGAACUUUAUGAACGCCGCAUCCAACUUUGUGACUUUUGCGACUCGCCGGAGGAACUCCCCUGAGCCUUCAACUUCUGACUUACCAGAUCCUCAAAAUACACCCGACGCGUCCAGUGACGUACGUGUUGUUACGCUUACAAUGGUAGCUCGACGGCUGCAGCAAGGUCAAGCUGUAUACACUGCUAUCGUGUGGUUCUUCUUUGUCUCAUACUUAAAAGACCGAAUGUCCACAACUUCUCGCAGUAACAAGACCCAAAGGGAGAGCCACAGUGAAAUUGAGCGCAAGCGCCGGGAGCGUAUGAAACGGGAUACGGAAUUUCUACGUAAACAAGUCCAUAGCUCUCAAUACAGAGACAAGCUAUCUAUCUUUCAAGCUGCGGCUGAACGACUAAUUCACUACACUGACAAGCUUGGGAAACGUGAAUACAUCAUAAACGAUGAAGAAUAUUCACAUCUCAUUACGCAGCUUACGUCUGGUGACUCUCUGAUACUUAGCUCGGUCACUAAAGCAAACCUUCGGUACACCGAAGAUGCAUCGGACUCAUUGUCGACACUUAACGAUCUGUACAAUGUGCAUCAUCACAAAAAUCAGACUAAGCGCCAUUAUGGCGCUGACCAAGAAACAACACAUGCGGUUGAUCGCGAAGAAUUUCAUCUUGGCGCUUCGUUGUGGCUCGUCGAUUCCAGUACGUCAUUGCGUUUACGGAUCGGACAAAAAGCUUUCGAAUCUAGGGUCGCGAAGAAUUUCAUCUUGGCGCUUCGUUGUGGCUCGUCGAUUCCAGUACGUCAUUGCGUUUACGGAUCGGACAAAAAGAAAGACCGGUUCAUCGAGUUUUGCGGUGAUCUGUCACAACAAGUCGAUUCCGCAAAUCCUUCGAAUUUGAUUAUUACCUUCCGUGGUCUCUGUCGUCCCGUGGAUCCUGCAUGCACAUCAGUUAUUAACCACCAGGAGGUCUGUAAGCAUUCUCAGGACAACCCACGAUUGUAUUUCACUUUGCGGCUUUCACCUGGGGACUUUCAAAUCACCGAAGCUGUCGGGAAUUUCCAAACGCUCCUGGGUUACAAGGCAGAUGAUCUUGUCCACAAACAACUCAAGGAUUUGGUUGCACAACCUUGUCGUGAUGUCAUUGAUCGUGCUUUGUUUGAAGGUACUGUUCCUAUAUCAGAUUCACUAAUCUUUCUUGCGGACAAGGACUGA